AUGCCUUCAUCUUUAAAGCUUUGAAUUUUCCCAUGCGACUGCAUAGACUUAGACUGCAUAGACUGCAUAGAAAAACAAUUCUAACGAUGCAUUUCAUAAGCACAUAUUUUACAGGUAGAGCCGAGCGUGGGAAUUGGCAUGCAUCUGUACAUGUGUGUUCUGAAAUGUGCACAGUCGAAGUUUAUCUUCAAGUGUCACGUGUAUCAAGGCUGUGGGGAUUGCAUAAAAUGCAAGCAGGGUCAGGUGGAUCGUAGACCACUGCGCCAAAGACCAUGAAUGCCCUCAGCGCUGUGCUUCUGCUAGCCAUCGGACUCAGUUUGGCUGAGGCUUUUCCUGAUGAUAGAGCUGUAUGGCAGCUGAGAGAGAUGAUUCUCUGCACUGUGCCGGACAGCAGGCCUAUUCUGGACUAUGCUGACUACGGCUGCUAUUGUGGUUUGGGUGGGUCUGGUACACCUGUGGAUGAGUUGGAUAGAUGCUGUGAAGUGCAUGACAAAUGCUACAGACAGGCCAAACAGCAUGACAAAUGUGUGCCCAUAGUGGACAACCCAUACACCAUGUCCUAUUUGUUCAGCUGUGACAAAUCAUCCCAGAAAAUCACUUGCAGCAGUGACAACAACGAGUGUGCAAUGUUCAUCUGUGACUGUGACAAGAAAGCAGCUGAAUGCUUUGCGGAAGCGCCCUACAAUAAAGAGAAUGUGCGCCUUCCCAGUGACCGCUGCAAAUAAAGUUUUGUUUCAGGCAUUUAUCCUCUAUAUACCACUUUUCUGUAUAUAUUUUUGUAUGCGAUGAAACAUGUUAUAUCAAAAAGUUAAAUUAGGAGUCCGUUAUAAAAGGUACUAUAACAUUCUAGACCAUUAACACAUACGUUUUGAUACAACUAUCCACACCAUUUUUGUGUUUUAAAAUGAAUGUUAUAUUUGCAAUACUGUGGUAAUGUUUUGUGUUUAGUGGCAGUGAUGGGGUUAAAUCCUAGUUCAACAAGGCGUGUGAAUGUUUCAUUAUUCACUAGAUAUGAUGCAUGUAGGAUUUUCUUAUUGACGUAAAUGGUGAAUAGAGUCACAAAUGAGCCUGCAGAACAAAUAUGUGAGCUCAUUAAAUUAAAACUAAUAGCACAAAUGUAAUUGGUUUUGGGAUCAAAAUACUUAUGAAUGGAUGUUAUUUAUCAUGAUGACACUGAUGCCAUUUAGAAAAAAGUUAAACUACUACAACAAUUUUAAACCUCAUAUCACUAAAGAAGUUUGGUAUUUAAACAUCAUUUGCUUUCGUUUUGUUUAUUAUAUUUCAUUAUAUUUUAGAAUGUCGUGAAUCAUGUAUAACUUUGAAGGGAUAGUUCAACCCAAAAUGAAAAUUCUGUCAUCACUUAGUCACUCUCUUGUCAUUUCAAACCUGUAUGACUUUCUUUCUUUUGCAGAACACAUGAGAAGAUA